CUUUUUGUCUUCUUCUCAAAUCCCCACCUACUAAUUUCAAAACCCAUCCUCUCUUUUCUUCCGUUUCCUCCAUUGUCAAUGGCAAUUUGAUAGCCGACCAAUCUCUCUGUGCCUUCUUCUCAUCUUGCCACCUCAUUUUGGUGGGUCCGGCGACUGUUCUGGUGAAAAUCGGAGAUGGGUUCUUCUGUAUUUUGUUGGAUUUGUUCUUGAGCUUGUAGGAAAACAAAAAACUGCCCUCUUGUUCCACACUCUUUGUCGGUUUUUCCAUAUACCCUGACAUUGACUUGUGGGUCUUCUUUCUUCUUCUUUCUUCACCGGCCAUUCACUUUAUUUCUUCUCCUCUCUCUCUCUUCAGCUAUUUUGCAGAGUCCCAUCUUCGGAGAGAGAGAGAGAGUUAGAGCUCUAAUGGAGUACGAGAGGAUUCACAAAGUUCAGACAGGUAUAAUUUCUCCAAGUAAACUGAGGAUGAAGCUUAUGGGACCUCAUCACCAUAAAAAGAAGGAUGGAUCAAACAGCAACUCUUCAAGAACUUCUCCCUCCAAGCUUGAGGACUCUGAGUUUGUUAGAAAUAGUUUAUUAUUGGCCACAGAAAGUGGUGACUUUGAAGACGAAGUGACUUCUUCCUGCUUUGAAGAUCCCUCUGAAAAGGUUUUGAAUCAGUCAGUCUCAGAACCAAAGCCGAACGGUCGGUCUUCUAGCCUGCCAAAAGAGUUCCUCCCGAAGGAACACGUUGAAUCCGUUCGAAAUAGAAUGCAACAAUGUCUGAAAGGUGAUGGUUGUAAUUCUAGCACAGUUCACCCUUCAAAAUCAGUAGAAGACGAAAAUCUGGAUUAUGACAGUAAUGCAAGUUCAUCUAGUUUCGAGUUUCACAAGGGGGAGAGGUCUGUACACAGUUCCAUUUCAAGGUCCCACUUGAGACCGAUGCCAUCCAAGUGGAAUGAUGCAGAGAAAUGGAUAAUGAGUCGUCAAAAUAAUGGACAGGCUGCCAACUAUUCUAAGAAGAAUGUCCCACCAACCCAUGGAUAUAGAAUGGCGGCAACAAAUAUGGUGAGGGUUGCUCCAGAAUCUGCAAACUCUGAGCUUCGUUCGUCAACUGGUAGAGCUGUGGAGGCAAAGCAUGUUGAUUUCUAUCAAUCUGGAAUGCAGAUGGGGCCUGAGAAGUUCUCUUUUGUGCCGGCUGGGGUUUAUUCCUGUGCGGACAAUGUGAUGAUUGAUUCAUGUUCUCAAAUUAAGGACCUGAAAGAAGUGGAUCACAACCCAUCCUCGAAAGUUAGUAAAGAAGAUUCUACAGUUUGUACGUUUCAUUAUUCAGGCAUCCCUGCAAUUAGAGCAGUUUCAAUGAGAGAUAUGGGAACAGAAAUGACCCCAGUUCCUAGCCAAGAGCCUUCAAGAACAGCUACUCCUGUUGGGGCGUCUCCACUUCGCAGCCCAACGUCUUCAAUUCCCUCCACGCCUCGAAGAGAUGCACCAGCUCCAACUCCUAUUGAGCAAUCGCCGAUCGGGUUGCAACAAAUGACAGAAAAUGGCAAAAAGGAACUAUCAGCAGAUGAAAUGAAGCUCAAGACAAGAAGAGAGAUUCUAGCACUUGGUAUGCAGCUUGGCAAGACAAAUAUUGCUGCUUGGGCAAGUAAGGAUGAGCCAGAAAGGAAAAGACAUAAUGCUGAAAAUGCUGACAAGGAAGCACUCGAGCGAGCAGAGUUUGAAAAACGUGCUGCUGCAUGGGAGGAAGUUGAAAAGUCUAAGCAUACAGCAAGAUAUAAGCGCGAAGAGAUCAAAAUCCAAGCAUGGGAAAAUCAGCAGAAAACAAAGCUAGAGGCUGAAAUGCGGAGAGUAGAGGCCCAAGUUGAGCAAAUGAGAGCUCAAGCUGAAGUGAAGAUGAUGAAGAAGAUUGCCAUGACAAGGCAAAAAUCAGAAGAAAAACGGGCAGCAGCCGAGUGCCGGAAGAAGCAAGAAGCAGAAAGAGCAGCAGCACAGGCAGAACACAUUCGGCAGACAGGCCGAAUGCCAUCCUCCCCUUACAUUUGUUGUGGUUGGCUGUGAUAGAACCCAAAAGAGAAGAAAAUAACAAUGAAUUAUUCAAGAUAGUCAUCUAUAUAAUGUUGAUGCUCAACUUGGAUCUUUCAAGCAGCCUCAGUUUCCGGUAGAGAAUUUUGCAGUUGAUGAAUUAAAUCCUUACCUCAGAGAGUGUCCAUAUUGAAUAAACAGAGAGCAGUAACUUCAUUUUCUGGAUGAAAAAUAUCAAUAGGAAGAGAGCCAUUUUCCUUUCUUGUAACUAAUACAGUGAGAAAGCUUGAUUGUUUGCCUUUGUGGAUUUGGCAUGAUUUUCACUGAAAAUUGAAUCGAUCAAAGAUUGUUGUUAAAUGAAAGUGCCCAAGAUCAUGGCCAAUUUUAAGUGAUA